AUGGGAUCGACCAACGGCAAAACGACCAAAGUACCACUCGUGCCCCUGGCCAAAGAUACCGUUCUCUUGCCGGGCGUCACUCUGCGCAUCUCGCUGAAUAACCGUCCCGACGUCGCCAACCUCCUGACAUCUCUUGUGAAUCGCAAUAGGCGAGACAAUAGCGCCAUAACCGUCGCCUGUGUUCCGCUUGCUUCCCCUCGGCUAAGCAAGGAUGGCUUGCAGCUUAUAGAGAACGGAUCGGAACAGGAGAAUCAGGAAGAGGAGAGCGUCGAUGCCGGCCAGGCACGUAAGGAAGAUCUUUUUAAAUAUGGUGUACUUGCAAAGGUUGUUGGAGUUCAACGUCGUGUCUAUUCUGAACCAUAUCUACUCGUUGAGGGUAUAAGACGACUGUCUGUUGUCAAAGUCCUCAAAGAACGACCGUUCUUUGAAGCCGAGGUACUUCUACAUGCUGAGAUUGCUCCUAAUCCUGAGGAUACUGAGAUGAUCGAAUCUUUUCAACAUCUCAAACAACUAGCCCGCGAACUUCUGACGCUGUUGAGACUCGCAUCGCUCUUCCCAUCGAACCCUACCAGUAUAUCUCCCACCGUCGCCCGUCGAUUUGAACUCUUCAUAUCUCGAAGGGAAUAUGCCCAAGCAGGGAGCUUGGCGGAUUUUAUGGCCGAUAUCGUUGAGUCGAGUCUGGAAGAGAAGCUGCGGGUCUUAGCAGCAUUUGACGUCAAGGAUCGGUUGCAGAGAGUUAUCGAACUACUCAAUAGGCAAGUGCAAGGAAUUAAGAAAAACGUUAAGAUAACUUCAAUCACAACCACAAGCAUCCCAUCUAAUUCUCCAAUUGACAUCUCGCAACUUGAUCCGAGACUGGCCCGCCGCGCUAUGGCUGGCCUUAAUGGAUUCUCACCCAAUGGUGGAAAUGGUGGAAAUGAAGACGCAAAGGAGCCAAAUGAAGUUGAUGAACUUGAACAACGUCUGAAUGAAGCACAAUUGAGUCUGGAAGCUCGCAAAGUCGCCGAUCGGGAACUCAAACGACUACGGAAAAUGAACCCUGUCAAUGCAGAGUAUGGAGUUUGCCGAAACUAUCUCGAGAAUAUAGCGGAGAUUCCUUGGUUGAAGACAACGGAAGAUCAGCUCGGAGGUGAUACUUUGCAACGAGCUAGAAAACAGCUUGAUGAUGAUCACUACGGGCUGGAGAAGAUAAAGAAGCGCUUGCUAGAAUAUCUUGCUGUUCUCAAAUUGAAGCAAUCCGUCAACUCCGAUAUUGAGCGUCAGAUCGCUCAGGUUUCAGAACAGCUUAGUGCUUCUGAAAAGGACAACGAGAAAGAAAAUGACGUCGAAGCAAGUACUUCCCUCUCUCAGCCCGAAAGAGAAGGUCUAGAAACCAAGCUCCAUCUUUUGAAGUCGAAGCGCACAGUCGAUAAAUCACCUAUCCUGCUACUGGUUGGACCUCCGGGAACUGGUAAAACUAGCUUGGCCAAAUCAGUGGCCACUUCUCUAGGACGCAAGUUCCAUCGCAUAUCACUUGGUGGUGUGCGAGAUGAAGCUGAAAUUAGGGGUCAUCGUCGCACAUAUGUUGCAGCUAUGCCUGGUUUGAUCGUCAACGGCUUGAAGAAGGUUGGGGUCGCAAAUCCUGUGUUCCUCCUUGACGAGAUUGAUAAAGUUGGUGGAUCGAAUUUCCACGGUGACCCAUCGGCUGCGAUGCUUGAAGUCUUGGACCCGGAGCAAAACCACAGCUUCUCAGACCAUUAUAUCAAUAUUCCUAUCGACUUGAGUAAAGUACUUUUUAUCGCCACGGCGAACUCAUUGGAUACCAUUCCGGCGCCUUUGCUCGAUCGCAUGGAGACUAUUACACUUUCCGGUUAUACCACGGUAGAGAAACGACAUAUUGCUCGACGACAUCUUCUUCUCAAGCAAAUCAGGAUCAACGGUCUAUCUGACAAUGAGGUAUCCCUGUCAGAUGAGGUUCUCGAGAAGAUCAUCACUGGGUAUACCCGUGAGUCCGGUGUGCGCAACUUGGAACGCGAAAUAGGUUCGGUAUGUCGUUACAAGGCUGUACAGUAUGCCGACGCAAAGGAGACGAACAGCAUGGGUUCCUACAAUCCGAAUGUUACUAUGGAGGAUCUCGAAGACAUUCUCGGAAUUGAACGUUUCGAUGAGGAGAUUGCCGAGACCACCUCCCGACCAGGUAUCGUUACCGGUCUUGUAGCAUACUCAACCGGUGGCCAAGGCAGUAUCCUCUUCAUCGAAGUUGCAGACAUGCCUGGAAACGGGCGCGUGCAACUCACCGGAAAACUGGGAGAUGUGCUUAAGGAAUCUGUCGAGGUAGCCUUGACUUGGGUCAAAGCCCACUCAUUCGACUUGGGUCUUUCACACGAUCCCAACGAGGACAUCAUGAAAAACAGGAGUCUUCAUGUUCAUUGUCCCUCGGGCGCUAUUCCUAAAGAUGGCCCAUCUGCCGGUUUGGCUCAUACUAUUGCCCUCAUCUCCCUCUUCUCGGGGAAAUCUGUAUCACCCCAGAUUGCGAUGACUGGAGAGAUGUCUCUUCGUGGCCGAGUGAUGCCAGUUGGCGGUAUCAAAGAGAAACUCAUUGGUGCGAUGCGUGCAGGAGUGAAAAUGGUAUUGCUGCCGUACGCUAAUCGUAAGGACGUCAAAGACGUGCCGCAAGAGGUUCAAGACGGUCUUGAGAUUGUUUAUGUCAAGCACAUUUGGGAAGCUCUCCGUGUCGUUUGGCCGGAAGCUCAUUUCCCAGGACAGCAACUUAACAUGUUUGAGAGCCAUCUAUAAUCUCUUGCCCGUUUUCAGAUCAUCUUGAUUACUUCAAUUAGCGUCACUCAUUAUCUCGGUGUAUACGGUACCUCAUAUAUGUCAAGAGACUUUCCCCAUUUCCGAAAUCAAAGUCUCUUAGUUCAGUAUAAAAUUAUCGUUUUCUUCAUGUAUAUUUGGUUUUGUAUUUUAAGCAAGCAAACAAGUUUGAGUCCCUAACCUUCAAAGUUAUAAUAUACUACAGAAAUUCUUAAACUGUGAAAAGAAAUGAAAUGCGAUAUUGUACAUGUUUGCCAAAGCAGUACAUUUCAACAGCGAAAGCAAGGUAUCACUGCCAAGACAGUCCAAUCACCAACAACCCCUAAGAAGUUUUAUCUUUGGGUGUACUCUCCACCGAUUGAGAAGACUCUUCUACUUUCACAUCCGGAACAGGAGCUUCCUGCCCUUCCUUUGUCGUUUUCAGCUGCGAUACCUUCGCUUCCAGCGUCGUCUUUUCAGACAAUUUCGCCAACGCCGGCCGAUCAUAUCGUAACCCAAGUGCCUGCCAUGUCGGUUUCCAAGCUGUUUUGCCUUCCAGGAGUUCCUUGGCUUGUUCUGCGAAUGCAUCGGAUUCGCCUUUGAGGGGUUUUGCGCUCGCGGAUGGUUGGCCGGAUUCUUGAAAUUCUUGGCUGUAUUCGCGAUGGCGGUAGAAUUGAUCUGGUUGCCAGCUAUAAAAA